AUGGUCAACCUCAUCGCAAAGACUGCGCUUCUAGCCGCAACAGCUGUCUUUGCAGCUCCUGCCUCGCGCCUCGAAGCUCGACAGCAGCACAACAUCACUGAAGAGGUCGAGCCAUGGAAUGCUGGCGCCGUCACCGAGUAUAUCAUCCAUGAGUCUUGCAACUCCACACAAGCGACUCAGAUUGCAGAUGGGCUUCGCGAAGCCGUUGAGCUUGCUGAGCAUGCAAAGGACCACAUCCUCCGAUGGGGCAAUAACUCGGAAUUGUACCGCAAGUAUUUCGGCAAUGACCCUCCAGUCGCUGCAAUUGGUUCGUACGACAUUGUCGUCAACGGCGACAAGAACGGAGUGAUUUUCCGCUGCGACAACCCGGACGGUAACUGUGCCCAGGAAGGAUGGGCUGGCCACUGGAGAGGCGAGAACGCGACGCAGGAAACCGUCAUCUGCGAUCUGUCGUACGAAAGACGGCGCUGGCUCAGCUCCAUGUGCGGUCUUGGGUACGAUGUCGCCAAUGGUGCCACCAACACAUUCUGGGCGUCGGAUCUGCUGCACAGACUCUAUCACAUCCCUUCGAUCGGCAAUGGAUACAUCGAGCACUACCUCGAGACCUACCAAGAGAUCUUGGACGAUGCUGGUCAGCCUGGCUCCAAUGCUACUCACGACAGCGAUGUGCUGCAGUACUUUGCUCUUGACGUCUAUGCAUACGACAUCGCUGUGCCGGGUGAGGGUUGCUCGGGUGAAUAUGUUGAGACCAGCCAUGACCAUGGGUCGGCUACCAGUACCACUUCAGCUACGCCAACAAGCGCCGAAGCCGCUACUGGGACGGCCGAUGUGCCAGAGAAUUGUCACACUCAUGAAGGUGGUGAGCUGCACUGCGAGUAG